AUGAGUGGACUUAUAGAAUGGGCAUUCGGGCGUCGCCAAACACCUGCCGAAAGGCUCCGGAAGCACCAAAGAGCACUUGAGAAAGCCCAACGCGAGCUUGAUAGAGAACGCAUGAAGCUCGAACAGCAAGAAAAAAAGCUAAUCGCGGAUAUUAAGCGCUCUGCAAAAAAUAACCAGAUGGGAGCUUGCAAAAUCCAAGCGAAGGACCUCGUCCGGACAAGGAACUAUAUUCAAAAAUUCUACCAGAUGAAAACGCAGCUCCAGGCCGUUUCGCUUCGCAUACAAACGGUCCGUUCAAACGAGCAAAUGAUGCAAUCAAUGAAAGGCGCAACAUCUCUUCUCGGCUCCAUGAAUCGCUCCAUGAACCUCCCUGCUCUCCAGCGCAUUGCGAUGGACUUCGAGAGAGAGAAUGAUAUCAUGGAGCAGAGACAAGAAAUGAUGGAUGAUGCGAUCGAUGAUGUUACGGGUCUGGACGAUGAGAUGGAGAGCGAUGAGAUAGUCAACCAAGUGCUUGACGAAAUUGGCGUUGAGAUGAACCAUUCUCUCGGCGAAACACCCUCCGGUAUCGCAUCAACCGGCAUUACAGAGGGCAAGGUGGCACAGGCUGUCGGAGCGGAUGCUAUGGAUGAUGAUUUGCAAGCGAGACUUGAUAGUCUCCGGCGUUAG